GUACUGAAAAGGUUACGUGUAAAAUGUACUUGUUUUGUUCCAGUUAAAUCCCAUGUGAUCUGCAACGAGUCCUCAAUGACAGUAUCGGUUGAGAAAGCCUCAUUCCCUCGACUCCAUGAGGAUCAUAUGCAGCUCAAUGAUCCCUCCAACACGGCCUGCAGCCUCCAGAGACACUCCAACAGCACUCACAUCAUCGCCAUCAUCCCCCUCAACGCCUGCGGCACUCAGAUCGAGGAAGACGAGGAGAACCUCAUCUUCAAGAACGAAAUCACCACAGUGGACAACCCCAGAGACCUGAUCACCAGGAAGCACCAGAUGGAGGUGCAGUUCUACUGCCAGUACCCAAAACGAGGGAACGUGUCAUUGAGCUUCGUGGCACACAGGAAGAACAUCACUGUGUGGGAGAAGGGCUUCGGCACGUUCACCUACCAGUUUGAGUUCUACCCUGACAACCAGUUCCAAACCAUGAUGGAUCCAGCAGCAUAUCCUCUAGAGUACGACAUUGGGAACAGGAUUUACAUGAAGAUCGAGGCCACCUCCUCGGUCAACAACACCCAGCUGUUUGUGGAGUCCUGCCGAACUGCACCUUACGACAACCCCAACUACCGCCCAACCUACUCCAUCUUUGAAAAUGGGUGUCAAAUGGAUCCAACUCUUCAGAUCCACUCCCCCGCUGCCCAGAAGGAAUUCAAGUUCAGCAUGGAGGCCUUCAAGUUCAUCGGACUGCACAAUCAGGUGUACAUCAGCUGCUCGGUCAUGAUGUGUGAAGCAGGGAAUUCGGACACCAGGUGUUCCAAAGGUUGCAUCAACUCUACGUCGACAAGCCCCUCACGCUCCAAGAGAGAGGCUGUCAUCCAGAGUGCCAGUCACUUCGUUUCCCAGGGGCCAUUGCGCUUACGGAGAUCGGCAGAGAGCGUCAGAGCCACAGCGACCAACCUGAAUCUGAACCUGGUGUUCAUCACUGGAUGUGUUCUUGCAGCCGUCGGCAUGGUCUGCGGAGUGGUCAUGUACAGAGCCAAGGUGUCAAAGGUCAAAUACCAACCUCUGCCAACAUUUGAGAGUUAAAUCAG